AAUUUGUUAUUAGAUAUUCUCUUUGUCUGAAAGCAAAAAAAAAAGCAUUAAACAUCAGUUAUAUCCAUUUCCCAGAUUUGCCAGGAUCGGCACAGCAAGCAUCACAAAGCAUAUGAUGGAAGUGGAGAGCCAUAAAAACCAUUCUUAUAGCACUUUCUUCUUAAUAGUAUUUCCAUCGUUUUAUGAUUACAGGCGGAUUAUUUUUAUUCCUGUAUUUAUUUUGUUUAUUCUGGCUAUACUGCUUAACUCUGGAAUCAUUUUUGUUAUUACAACAGGAUCAGGUCUGCAUUUGCCAAUGUAUAUUUUAAUAUGCACUAUGGCUGUUGUAGAUCUAACCAUACCAAUGACAUUCACCCCAAAAAUGCUGCUCAGUUUAUUACUUGACUGGAAUGAUAUUUCACUUGUUGGCUGUUUAGUGCAAAUGUUUUUUGUUCAUUUUGUUAGUUCAUUUGAAUCAACCAUCCUUCUUGUUAUGGCUAUUGACCGAUAUGUGGCAAUAUGCAAUCCAUUACGUUAUAAUGAUUACAUUAAUACCUCCAAUUUUCUUAAAAUUGCAGUAUUUGCCCUAGUUCGAAGUACUAUAUUUGUUUUUUUGAUUAUUUUAUUUGCUAGUUCCCUUACUUUCUGUUUGUCAAAUGUGAUUGAGCACUGUUAUUGUGAACACAUGGUGGUAGUUGGGUUAGCUUGUGAGAAUACAAACAGAAACAAUAUAAUGGGAUUAGUUGCAGCUUUUUCAAUAGCAGGUCUUGACCUUUUGUUCAUUCUUUUUUCCUAUGGUAAAAUUUUUUUUGCAGUUCUCAGAUCAGCAUCGGGAAAAUCAAAACAAAAGGCCAUAAGUACAUGUGGCACUCAUUUAAUUGUCAUUCUUAUGACAUAUUGUAUGGGCCUAAGCUCAUUUCUCGCAUAUAGAUUUAGUAACUCAGUUACUUCUGAUUUUCACAACCUAAUAAGUGUUUCAUAUCUCCUUCUACCAAGUUGUUUCAACCCGAUUAUUUAUGGUGUUAGAACAAAGGAAAUCAGGGAACAAAUUCUAAGGAAGCUUGGCAUAGGCAAAAAACUUCCAGUUUCUAACAGAGGGCAAAGUUCUAAUACAUAAAAAGUAAAGGCUAAUAUAGAGAAAUUGAUGUAAGUUCUCAUACUCUAAUAAAGUUUAAAUAGGCACAGUGGUGACAUAGUUAUUAAUGUAAUACCACCCAGUUCAGUGUGGAGUUACACUUUUCCUUGUGUCUGUGGUUUUCUCUGGGUUUUCCUCACAUCUGAAAAGCAUAAGGCAUAAGUCGAGUGGCAAUUCUUAAAUGGUCUGAUAGUAGUGAGUGAAAGAGUUCUUUAAUGGACUAACACCCUCUAUAUGGUUGGUCACUGCCUUGUGCCCAAUAUUACUAAGCAUAAACAUUGUUAGCUUGCAACACUGAAUUAGAAUAACUGGUUCAGAGAAAAAAAUUACUGGUUAGAAGUUUAAAUGUGUACUGUAGCAUAAUCUAAAAAAUCUUCUGAUGGUUUCUGGAAUUGUCUUUCUAUUUUUACCCCAGUUGUAUAAAUGUGUUAAUAAAAAAUAUGCAAAAUGUUGAUUUUUACUUUUGUCUGUUAGGUUAUUGCA